UAGGAGGCGAGAUUCCUGUAGGAGUGUUUUUUAAAAAGUCUCUGUAAAUAGCAAUAUUUAAUCGGCAUCUGUUUGAUGCUUUCGAGUUUUAGGUUUUAUCGUUGUUAGUGCAAGAUUUAAUUGGUUUUAAUUAUGGCGGAAGAUCCUUCCGAUGACAGUUGUGAGUUCACCACGUUGUUUCGGGAUUUGCUGAAGCACGAGUGGGGAAUUGAUGCAUUAUCUGUCCUUGGAGAAAGUGAUCCUCAGUCAGUUGCCGAACCGCUGCAUGAAGAAGAAGAGGCGCAGUAUCCAACCGGGUAUGUUGGAACUUCAUCCGAGUUUGAGGAGAUAGAAAACCGUGUGCUUUUUGGAGCUAGAGAAGAUACUGGAGAAUCUGACGAAGAUGAUGAGGAGCUGUUGGUCAGUAAACCUUUCUCUGAAGUAUGUAAUAUUGACCUAAUUCGCCCACCCCCAAUGUCCACAACAAAAGAAGCUGUUCAAGGGUUUAUUGAAACCUGUGAAAAAGAAGCAGGUUCGCGUGACCAAGAAGACGACCACUACGCACUAACCAUGAUAGAGCCAGAAAAGGUCUCUCAGUAUGAUUCUUAUGACGAUCUGGAAUCCUUCGAUUUCACCGAAGGGCUUUCUUCUGUGCCACUACUCGAGGAAGUUGAACAGGUCUCCCGUUCAAGAAUGCGUGGUGGGAAAGGCACAGGUGUGGCCCACUGUGUUCAGGAAGGUUCACAGAGUCAUUUCACUUCCGUUGGAGAUAUCACAUCAGAACUGCAAAAUCUGUCACUCCGGAUAAAUGAGGAUUUCUGUCACGAGCAAAGAACCACAGGCGUUAGUUCUUUGCAGUCUUCAACGUCAGAAACCCAACAAACAAAUGAAGCUGUAGUUCUUGUGCCAUGUCCUCCUUCACCAAAACCAGAAACCCAACGAACAAAUGAAGCUGUGGGUCUUGUGCCAUAUUAUCCACCACAAGACCAGGAAAUAAAUCAGACAGGAGCUCAUUCUUUUUCAUCGUAUACUCAACAACGAAAUCAAACUCUAACUCUUGUGUCAUAUCAUUCGUCGCAAACCCAGGAAACAGAUCAAACUGUAACUCUUGUGCCAUAUCCAUCACCUCAGACCCAGCAAAUAAGUCGAACAGUAGAUCUUGUGCCAUAUCCUUCUUCAUCAGAAACCCAACAAACAAAUGAAACCGUAACUCUUGUGCCAUAUCUUUCUCCAUCAAAAGACCAACAAACCAAUGAAACAGUAACUCUUGUGUCACAUCAUUCAUUGCAACCUCAGCAAACAAAUCGAACAGUAGAUCUUGUGUCAUAUCCUUCUUCAUCGCAAAAUCAGGAAACAAGUCAAACUGUAACUCUUGUGUCGUAUCUUUCUCCAUCAAAACACCAACAAAGCAAUGAAACAGUAACUCUUGUGUCACAUCAUUCAUUGGAAACCCAGGAAACAGAUCAAACUGUAACUCUUGUGCCAUAUCCAUCACCUCAGACCCAGCAAAUAAGUCGAACAGUAGAUCUUGUGCCAUAUCCUUCUUCAUCACAAACCCAACAAGCAAGUCGAACAGUAGAAAUUGUGCCAUAUCCUUCAUUGCAAACCCUGCAAACAAAUCAAAUGAUAACUCUUGUGCCAUGUCCUUCUUCACAAACUCAGCAGACAAAUGACACAGUAAAUCUUGUGGCAUAUCUUUCAUCUCAAACCCAGGAAAGAAAUGAAACGGUAACUCUUGUGCCAUAUCUGUCUCCAACCCAAACCCAGCAAACAAAUCAAACAGUGGGUCAUGUGUCCUAUCAUUCAUCACAAACCCAUAAAAGAAAUCAAACUUUGACUCUUGUGCCAUAUCUUUCUUCGUCACAAACCCAGCAACCAAAUCAGACAGCAACUCUUGAGUCAUAUCGGUCUAGAUCUAGAACGACUCGGAAUUCCUCACGUGGAAGAUCGGCAAAUGAGACUCCUGAAGCCUUGCCUGGAACAUCAAGUCUUCCAGAGAAUGACGUCAUAGUACCGGGAAAUUCUGUCCCAGGUCGCACUAGCAGGGCGACUCAGGUUGAUAUUCCAGGUAGCUUACCUGCACUCCACAAUACUCAGAAUGACACUCAAAGUAACUGUGAUAGUCCAGCACCACCUGCUGAAGACGUCCAGGCAGCUCAAGCAGCUCAGGCAGAGUAUACGUGUCAGAUCUGUCAAUGGAAAACGGCUGACGUACAGUCCAUGAAAGACCAUUAUGAGAUGCACAAAAACCUAAUCAAACUGCGAUGCAAGCUUUGUGGCAAAUUGUAUAUCAGAGCAGAGACUCUGCGGCGCCACUUGAUCAAUGGUCAUAAACUCGCUGAAGGACCAGAGCUGAAUGAGCACCAAAGUUAUUUCGUGUGCAAAGACUGUGGUGAGAAAUUUAACAAGCGGGGUCAAUACACGAGUCACCUUCAAGCACACAUUAGUGAUUACCCUAUGAAGUGUGAUAAGUGCACUUGCUCAUACCCACUUCUGAGUCACUUGAUUACACACAAAGUGCAUGCUCAUCACAAGUCAUAUGUUGGUAAUCUUGAGUCUCUGCAGAUGUAUAUUAGUAGUAGUCUUUAGUCUCCACAAGUGUAUAUCAGCAGUCUUUAGUGUCUACAAGUGUAUAUUGGCCAUCUUUAGUCUCUACAGUUGUAAGUUGCCAGUCUUGAGCCUCUACAGGUGUUUGUGGGCAGUCUUUAUUCUCUACAGGUAUGCGUUGGCAGUCUUUAGUCUCUGCAGGUGUAAGUUGCCAGUCUUUGGUUUCUACAGUUGUUUGUUGGCAGUCUUUAGUCUCUACAGGUAUGCGUUGGCAUUCGUUAUUCUCUACAAGUGUGUACUGGCAGUCUUUAGUCUACAGGUGUAUGCUGGCAAUCUGUAGUCUCUACAGGUGUAUAGGACAUUUUUUAAGCUGACUAUUACCUUGAUUUAUUAACUUUUGAUUUAGGCAGCAUCAUCUGUCUUGAUUACUAUAGGUUUUAUCAAAAGUUUUAUGGAUUUUAAAUCUUGUAACUCGCGUAUCUUCGUUAUUUUUUUACACAUGUAUAUGAACUAUAUGUAAUGUUGCAUUUCCCAUUUUUUGGCACGAGUUCCGUGUGCAUGAACUCAUAGUGACGGUUGGAUAUUGCAUUAUUCAUUAAUAAAGCGAACCACGUCUGUACGAUUUCAUAGAUUUUUCACUGUUUAAAUAAAUGAAAUCAUGAAUCUUA